AUGAAGCUACAAGUAGUGACAGCAUUGAUCCUAAUAACGGUACUCGAGGUGAUACCAAUACAGUUGCAACAAGGAGAAACAUUAGAAGGAAAUAAUGUAGAUAAUACAAACUUAAACGCCUGUUUGAGCGAGGAAAGGGGUGCAGCGGUAUGCUUUGGCAAGGAGUUGUUGCAUAAGCUGAAUAAUUACGAUGAAGCAGAUUCAUUUAGCUUGGCGAACGGUGUUUCGUUUGUGAGAGAUGAAAAAACUCCCAGAGAUAUUAGCGCUUUCCUUGAUAAGGAUCCUAUGGAUUUUCGCUCAAUAAUGGAAGAUGCAAGUAAUUUGAUAUCCAAGCGAUCUCUCCAUUGGGACAUGGGAAUGGUAUAUCCAGGGUUGGUAAUGCGAAUUGGGCCAACAUUGGCCAACGGUGUACUAGAUUUUGUUAUUGAUCCAAGAAUAAAGGAUAGAACAUAUCAACCCCAGGGUGAAAAUCAAUCUACAGGUCGUCUAUUAGCCCGAAAUCUUCUCGUACCAUUUCUGCUUGGAAUAAAAUUCAACAUAUCAACAUUACUGCCAAUUUUGUUAGGGUUGCUUCUUCUAGCUAGUAAGAAGGCCUUUUUGUUAGCGAAGGUAGCUUUGCUAGCGGUGACCCUAUUUAGUGGUGGUGGCUAUGGCGGCAACUACGGGAACUAUUUUGGUGGUUUGAAUAGUUUCGCCGGGCCAACUAUAUCAUCGUAUACGCAUGAAAAUGUAGGGCAUUACCAGCCUGCUCAUGGUUCUGGAGGCUACUUCCACAGACAUUCUCAUCAAGCAGAUUACUUCUAUAAGGAGAAGUACGAUGAACCCACAACGGGGUCUCCCAUCACCCCUGAUGAACUAAGAGAUAGAUUGGAACGGCUCUUUGUGACCAAAAAAGAUGAUGAUGAACUUAAAAUUCGGAAUGGCAGAAAAUUCUCCUGGACACCUAUAAAUGGAUGAUAGAUUUAAUUGAUAUUGAUGUAAAUUUCACUAGUCAAUUUGUCAUGCAGUUUUCGGUCAGUAGAUAUUUGGUAACUUGGAAAUCGUGCAAUAUAUAAUAGCGGAAUAUCGGCAUAAUAGAUAUGCCCGAGACAUCCAAUGCA